AAGUUUAGUAGGCGCUACGUAAACAAACUUUGCGGUUGGUCUGCAUCUGGGGUGCGCAGAACGACCGGUUCUUUCGGUGGGUACUAAGAUGAACUUGGGAACCGAGCAACUAGUUAUCAGCAACGAUUAGGCACUAGCGAUCAAGGUACUUCUGGGGUUAAAAUAAACUCCAUUUAUCAGUGUGCAUCGAUUGACAAAGAGUGCACAAAAUGACGCCCAAUGCUAAGGACAAUGGCGCCUGGAAAGUAUCGGGAAUAUCGAGGAACUAUCCGAGCUAUCGACAGCAUAGACCGAUUACCAGUGAAAGCUGGCUGGAGGGAAAAAAUGUCGAUGACGAGGCCGAAGGUCUUUGGCGCAUUAACGAUAAGCUCUACGACUUAAGCGACUUCGCCGCUCGCCAUCCGGGCGGUUCUUCUUGGAUUGAGUGCACCAAGGGCACGGAUAUCACCGAGCCCUUCGAGUCACAUCAUAUCGAGGAGCGAGCUCGGGGAAUGCUGAGCAAGUUCGAAGUGCGACAGGCUGCAAGGCCGAGGAACUACAAGUUUACUCUAAAAGAAAAUGGUUUCUACAUGACACUGAAGCGGAGAGUGCGUGAAAAGCUAAGGAAGAUCGAUUACUCUCCCACUAAGAAAACAGAGUUCCUCCAUCUUGGUAUCUUGGUGUCCGUCUUCCUCUUUAGCUGGGCAGGCACAGUUCUGGACUCAUUGAUCUUCAGGGGUUUGGCUGGAUUGGCCCUUUGCUGGGUGGCCACCUCGACCCACAACUAUUUCCAUCAACGGGACAGUUGGCGGAUGUACACUUUUAAUUUGACCAUGAUGAACUUCCGGAACUGGCGGAUUUCGCACGCCCUAUCACACCAUGUUUACGCCAAUUCCCUGCACGACCUGGAGAUGUCCAUGUUUGAACCGUUUCUAUGCUGGAUUCCCGAUCGUCAUUAUGCCAGUAAAACACAGCGACUUAUCUCCGUGGUCAUCAGUCCGGUGGUAUACGUAGUCCUGUUUCAAGGACAAUUUCUCAUACGUUUGGUCCUUUCCCUGACUAAAGGAAACGUUCUGCACUGGGAUGAUCUCGUUGGAUUCAGUCUGCCCAGCUUUAUAUAUUUAUCCACUGGCGUUGACCUGCUGAGUGCUCUAAUAAGCUGGCAAAUAAUCAUUGCGGUUGGGAGCUUCAUCUUCGGAUUUAUUGGUCUCACUGCCGCCCAUCAUGAUCCUCGCAUUCUACACGAUGGGGAUGCCCAACGACCGGACUUCGAUUGGGGUCUCUAUCAGGUGGACACGAUUAUAGAUCGCGGAGACAUCAAGUGGUCGGAUCUUCUGGUGCUCACCCACUUUGGGGAGCAUGCUCUGCACCACCUAUUCCCCACGCUGGAUCAUGGAGUGCUGAAGCACCUGUAUCCUGAGUUCAGGAAAACAAUGAAGGAGUUCGACGUGGAGCUGCGGGAGAUCAAUCACUGGGGUCACAUCAAGGGACAAAAUCAGCAAUUGCUUAGAAUAGAAAAGAACCCACUUCCACCGGGUAGUAAAAAGCUGAAGUAGGUAUGGCUAUAAUGAUAACUGGGGAGGGAAAUGGUUUAAUUAGUUUAUAAUACCAAAUAAUAAUGACUUAGGGAAAAGUCUAGAUAUACA